AUGGACAGCGACUAUCAGCACGAGCUGGAAAUGGCCUGCACGGCCGUACAGCUUUCUUCCAUUCUCACCCGCCGUGUCCAGGAGGCCACGCUCAGCCCGGAGAACUCGAUCUCGAAGGCAGACUUCUCGCCAGUGACUGUCGGCGACUUUGCGGUGCAAGCUCUCCUGACAGCGGCCAUUCAUGGUGACCCAAACUGCGAGGAUGAUACCUUCCUGGCCGAAGAAUCAGCGGAUGAGCUGCGGCAGAAUGCUCCACUGCUCGACAAAGUCUGGGAGCUGAUCAAGGAAGCAAAACCCUCUUUCUCAAAACCCUCUUUCGAAGAUGGACCAACGAGCCUGGCAACACCAACGUCUUCCUCGGAAACGAUGGAAUACAUUGAUUUCGGUGGGAAGAACGAGCGGAGCGACGGCCCGCGGACGUGGGUAUUUGAUCCCAUUGACGGUACUCAAACGUUUCUUCGCGGACAACAAUACACGAUCAACUGUGCGUUUCUUCGACAUGGCAGAGAAGAAAUCGGCGUCAUUGGCUGCCCUAACCUCAAAUUCGACUCCAGCACUGUUCACGAGGAUGACAUUGACACUGCCGGCUUUGGCCUCAUGAUCUUCGCCGUCCGCGGGAAGGGCACGUGGGUUCGUCCUAUGCAACAGAGUGGCGUCCUCUUGCCGGCAACACGAAUAGACCGACACGGCGAUACCAAAACGCUGGACCAGCUGGUCUGGUCAGACUGUUCAACCUACACCUCCACGAUCACCAUCUUGCAGCAGCAGGUGGCUGCGAAGCUGAACCUCUCUUGGCCAGGUGUUGACCUCUACAGCUCGAUUCUGAAAUACGCUGCGCUGGGCCUUGGGAGGUGCAGCGUCUGUAUGCGAAUCUUCAAGUUUGCGAGCUGGAGGAGUAAUAUGUGGGAUCAUGCGGGAGGGGUGCUCAUCUUCGAAGAAGCUGGUGGGAAGGUGACGGAUCUUGAAGGCAAGAGGAUUGACUUCAGUAGGGGAAGGAAAAUGGCCGACAGUGGGUUGAACAUUUUACAAGAUGUGUUCUAG